UUCAUACAUAACGUCAGUAGAACAAAAAAAACUGUUCUUUUUGUUUUAUUAAUUUUAUGAUUAUACUUGACCUUUUGGUUGUGAAUCAUGUAAUUUUAUAGUUUCUAGUCUAGCCGUAGUUUUUUCUUGCAUUUUGUGUGUUACUUUUGUGUUAGUUUAGUGUGUAAAUAUUGCAGUGAGGUUAGAAGCUGGUCAUUUUUUAUCACUAACUGAUUUUUUAUAUUGAUUUAAUUAAGUUAAUUCAGAAAAUAACAUGGAUUUUGUUAAAAGAGAAGAUCCGAAUGUCCUCGAUGAAGAAAGUUACAAGGUUUAUAUAGAUAGUUUUCAGAAAACCCAUCAGAUGGAUAUGUCUGACUAUCACACACCGAUAUCCAUAGAGCAGCUGCAUCAGGCUAUGCAGUCAUCUCUUAACGCAAGUUCCAUUGUCCACAACUUUCAACUCUCACCGAGACAGAUGUCUACUCUCAUGUUAAAAUCCAAUCAUCUAAGCAGAAGUUUGAACUUCACCGAUCUACCUUCCCAUUUACCACGCAACCUUACAUCUGAUAUGGACCUUGUACAUAAUUUAGCCAACGAUUUGCCACAAAACCAUCGCCAUGAUGAUCUACUCUUAAACAGUAAUCUAGCACGUAAUCUUGAAAUGAGAAAUCUGAACGAUUUAGAAUUACAAGCAAGUUUAACUCAAACUUUAGUGCAAAAUUUAAACGAACAAGAACUAGCUAGGAACAUGACUGUCGAGAUGGGGCGUAUUAAUGAUGUUAUACCACAAAACAUUGGCAGAAGUGAUGCCCAUUUGCCCCAUGAUUUGGGACACGAGAUAGAUUUAUCACAUCACUUAAAUAGACAGAAUAUUGAACAAGAUGUGAUGAUGAAUCAGGAAGGUAGACGAACACCGUUGAUUCAAUCUAUACAAGAUGGUCAUAUACUUGAACAAAAUUUAGUACAAAGGUUGGACCAAAGGUUAGAUCAAACAUUGGGACAUAGAAUGGAACAUAAAAUGGAUUUGAAUUUGCACGAGACAAGCCAACGGCACACAGAGCAAGAACAUUUGUUACCAAUGCCAUUUCAUAUUAAAUCAGAACAAGAAGACGAUGGUUAUUUUUACGAAAGCAUUAACCAUGGGAUUAAUAAUAAUGCAAUAAAUGGUCAUUUAUCUCUCCAUCAAGAGCACACGUCAGCGAACGCAGCUUCACUCCCGCAAGACCAAUUACACUAUUAUAAUAAUCAAUUACCCAUUUCAGCGUUAAAUUCAAUAGACCAUUUAUAUUCUCGUCCACAAAAUUAUGUUCAAAAUUACGGCACUAAUAUCAGUCGAGAUAAUCCACAAAAUCUAGUUGUCCAUAGACAAUUUAAUAAUAGUCCGUACCCUGAAGAGUUUAAAAAACCAAUUGAAGAUGGCGAUGUUGGCGGGAAAAUUGACAGCUCCAAAAAUGAAGAACCUAAAGAAAAUCUAAAACCUACUGAUCAAAAUAAAAUGUUUUAUACAGAGUAUAAUCAAAAUACUUAUACAAAUAACACUGACAAGAACGAAAAUGAAUCCAAUAUUAAUAAUAAAUUAUUUGACGAAGUUUCAAUGAAUAUAAAAGGAGAAUACGCUUGUUUUAAAUGCAAUGAAGUGUUCCCUUGUAAGCGUGGUUUGAGACAACACGUAAAAACAUGCGUCGAGAAUGGAGAAAUGAAUGAUUUGGUAGAAAAAUUGGGAAAAUUCUGUUGCACGCAGUGUUCGUAUCGGUGUCAAUCGCCCGCCAUUUUGAAAAUACACGAGCGAACGCAUACAGGAGAGAAACCGUAUUCAUGUACAUUUUGUGAUUACAAAUCCGGCCAAAAGAACAACGUAGCCAAACAUAUUCUAGUACAUAUGAAAGAAAAACCAUUUAGAUGUCAGUAUUGUGAUUAUAGGUGUGCUCAGAAGAAUAAUUUAGUAGUGCAUGAGAGAACUCACACUGGUUAUAAACCGUUUGCUUGUCCAUAUUGUGAUUACAGGACGGUUCAGAAACCUAAUUUAGUGAAACAUAUGUACUUACAUACGGAUCAGAAACCUUUUAGUUGUGAUAUGUGUAGUUAUAGAUGUGUACAGAAAACUAACCUAACAAAACACAAACAGCGACAUAUGAACGAUAAGGAAGGUGAUAAAGUUGAGAUCAAAGGUCAAGUGAAGCCGUACAGACCUCGACAGAAGUCUGUCAAGUGUCCACACUGCGCGUACAGAUGUGUACAAAAGUCUAGUUUAGAGAAACAUUUACAAUUCAAACAUAAUGAACUUAGUAUUGAGUUUGUGCCGGAGUACAAGCAAGGUGUUAAUUCAAAAUGUGACGAUAUCUGUGAUGAUACGAUACAAAAUUUGAGUGUUAAAAAAGACGACCCUGUGUACGUUGAGAAUGUGUGCCAGGACAAAGCAAUGGAGCCUUUGAAAAUUCAGUCAUAGUGUUAAGUGUUGUUUUUAUAUUAAGUGGGACAUGUAUAUACUAGGUAAGUUUUCUGGAUAUGCAUGUGUGUCCAAGAUUUCUCAAUUUAUAUAGUUUAUAUGACCAUAGUUCAAAGGUAGAAUAAGUUUUAAUAUAGGGGCAUGUCAUUUAGCUGGUAUAAAUUUUUGUGAAUUUUGACUUUAGUUACAAUUUUAUUCCAAAGUCAAAAUACUCAGAACCAAUCUUUAUCUUUUAAAGAGAAUGUAAAAGAAAAUAAUAUGUGUCAUUACAACACUGAUCGUUAUAAAUGGACUGGGUAUAAGACAUAGUAUUUUGUGCCUAUUAGAGUUUUGGCGCGUUUAAACCAGAACAAAGUAACUCUGUCAGU